AUGGCUCCCAAAGUAGUGUCAGGCAAGGCCGCGAAGAAGGCGUCGAAGGUGAAGGUGCCGAAGACGGACAAGGCGAAGAAGAGGAGGAGGAAGGAGAGCUACGCCAUCUACAUCUACAAGGUGUUGCGCCAGGUGCACCCAGACACGGGCAUCUCCUCGAAGGCGAUGUCGAUAAUGAACUCCUUUGUGAACGACAUCUUCGAGCGAAUUGCCGCCGAGUCGAGUCGGUUGGCGCAUUACAAUAAGAAGUCGACCAUCACGAGCAGAGAGAUCCAGACUGCUGUGCGUCUGCUGCUGCCGGGUGAGUUGGCAAAGCACGCGGUGUCGGAGGGCACGAAGGCUGUGACCAAGUACACCGGCUCCAAGUAG